AUGUGUUCAACGCUUGAGUUGUCGUCAAUUAUUGCCAAACAAUUACCAAAUAUUGAUCAACACUUAACCAAUUAUAUCAUCGGUGUCCUGACGUGCGAUACGUUUGAUUCGGUGGACGAGAUAACGGAUGCGAUCGGCGAAGUACUCAAAUCGUGUUGCGGUGACUACGAGACCGACGCCGGAAAUGAUGACCAAAUUGAGGCCCUUUGCGGACAACUCUUUGACGCCAUUAAUAUAAAUGAGAGCCAAACGAAUGGCUCGGAUUCGUCGAAACAGCGUCUCUUAGCGCCCGUCCAUUUGGGUUCAAUGGUGUCCCGAUUGGACGACUCGGCGACCGACUGGAAGUCCAUCUGGACUCAGGGCCGCGAAAAGGAGACUCAAGUGGACAGCAAGAAGUUGGCCAAAGCUGAGGCCAAAAUCAAGCAAAAGAUUGAUAAAAGAGACGGCAAUACGGAUGCCUUCAAACAAACAAUAAUCAACAGCUGUUAG